ACGGGAAAAGACUUGUAUUUUUUUUUACCCGUCACUCAGUUUGAAUGCAGCAUUGUUUCAUAAAAGUAAAUUUCAUUAUUAAGGAAGUUAUUGUUUGCGUUUUUGAUCAUCUGAUAUAAAGGAAUUAACAGGAAUAAGUGACAAUAUCAAUGCUCCGCUUAUCAUGUAAAUUGUACUUUCGGUUUCGUUUUAACUUUGGAUUUUUUAAAAUUCCAAAUAUAGAAAACGCUAUUAUUUUCAUCGUAGCUGGUCAGUAGUGAAAAUGGUAGACGCAUUCAACAAGUUAAUAGGGAACUACGCCCAGAGCUUGGCCUUGAUGAUUAAUGGGCAUGAACUAUCAAAGCAAGUCAAAGAAAUUAUUCGAGACAAAAUGGUAGAGAUGACGAAUAAACUCGGUGAAAUAAGUCAAGGGGAAGUUGAUGUCGUACAUACAGGAUUGCAAUACAGCCAUUUUCAUAUGAUCCGACUUUUAGCAAGUGAACAUGCAGACGUUAAGUUCUUCCCAUGUGUCGAAUUUGAUCUUGUACUUGUUUAUAAUAGGUACACAAUAUGCGAUUGUACCAAAGAGAAACUAGACGAGAUGAUUAAGUCGUGUGAGUGUUUUGCUUUAAUGCUUCCAACAGACCACCCAGGCUAUGUCAAUUUAAAAAUUUCAGAUUAUGGGAGAAAGAUGAUUGAUAGACCGAACUGUGAUGUUGACAAAAAUAUAGACCCUGAUGGGUACCUGCCAAACUACAUCUUUAGGGCUAACUGGUUUCCAGAAUUUGCAAAAUCAACAGAAGAACUGUACAAUAUGUUGAAGAUGAAAUACUCUGAACCUUCAGAUAAUUAUGAAAAUGACAAAGAUAGCAUUGGCAUAUCCCAUGAUUUUGCUCAUACCUUUCCAUGUCAGGAAUGGCCAGUAGCUGCAAAGAAUUGGAUAUCCAGAUCAAGACCAACCAAUUGGCCAUCUGAGGACACUAUUCAAGAAAUAACUAAAGGUGGAUGUGUGCUUGUACCAACAGGAUACCCACUUAGUGUAGACAAGGAGAGAGAAUGGCGCGUGUCCUUUAAUAUCCACGAACGCCGUCUGGCAAAGUCUUGGAACAACAUCCAGAAAACUUGUUAUUGUAUGGUUUUAAUGAUGCUUAAAACACACCUGUCGACCAGAUCAAUUUUGACAUCAUACCAUGUGAAAAAUAUGAUGUUUUGGUUUUGUGAGAAGCAGUUUGGUCCUGACGAGUUUGAUGGGGCAUCUCUUGGCGAUCGAGUUUUACAACUGCUUUACUCCAUUUUAAAGGCACUAGAAAAUGCAUACAUACCACAUUUUUUUAUUCCCGAAAAUAAUCUGAUCAGCAACAGUGCUGAAUCUGAUACGAAAAAGGCAUGCGCAGAGCUGUCCUUUAUUGUUGCAAGACCAUUCGAAAUUGUCUCUAAGCUUUGCCACAAGUUGGACUUUUUUGAUGUACGGUAUCCGGAUACAGGCUUUGACGGAGAAGCAGAAAUUCAUUACAUGCUCAUUUUAUACGCGACAUUUGUACAAAACCUUUAUAGAAUCGGAUUUGAACACUCGAAGAAAACCCCAAGUCUGUCAGGAACUUGUUUCCAACAUAUUACACAAAUGAACAAAAAUGGGAGCAAACUAUUGCAUACGACAUCGAAUGGUUAUAAUGCUAAGAAUAUGGUUGAUCUUCUGAGACCGAUUUGUCAAGGCUUUUGUCAGGCCGGAGAUUUGGACAAAGCCCUGUCUUUCUAUCUCUUGAUGUAUAACUUUGAACGUGACUUAGUUUUGAAGGACUAUCCUGAAAUAACCACCAACAUAGCUUGUAUAUACACUUGCUUGUAUGACCUAUCAAAGGAAAAAGCCGACAAAAAAAUAUAUGAAAAGAAAGCGAUGGAGUUUUUUCAAAUCGGAACAAAAAUCAUGGACGAUUCGCCAACACUCCAUGUUGGUUACGGAAACUUCUUACUGAGCACGAAAACGUCAUUCCUCAAAGCUAUUGACCAUUUCCGCAAAUCAAUAUCAAUAGAGAAACCAAGGGAAGAAGACAAUUCCUUGAUACAGUUAGACAUACCCGGAUGUGAAGAAUUUAAACCCACCAGGAGUCGCAUACCUGGAAGGCUUGCUGCGUACUUUAUGCUGGUAACAUGCCUGGCGGACAUGGGCGAAAUUCAAGAAGCUAGAAGAAAUGUGAAUAAGAUGGAAGAGCUUACGAACGAACUAGACUAUGAAAUAAGACCAAAGGUUUUACAGAUGUGUGCAAUGGCAUACAAAAAAGCCGGACUAGAGGAGAAGGCAUAUCUUUGCUUAAUGGAAGCAUUUAAACUUUUUAAGCAAUCGAAGAAGUUAGUAAUGGCAGAGAAGAAGAGGAAAGCAUUGGCCGAUGCAGCUUACCGAAAAAAGGCUCUAGAACUAACGAGAUUUGAAUGAAAAUAAUGUUGUAUAUUGGAGAUUUAGAAUUGGCAUGAAAACGGCUUUAAUUAUAAAAAAUAAUAAUGUAUAGUAUUGAAAAGAGACUUGUUUGUUCUAUAUACUCUUCCAUUUGCACCAAUGUACUUUGCACCAAGCUGUUUCUUCUAUUUAAUUAUGUUAAGAGGUUUGCAAGUUCAAAAUCUCUGUACCCAUUAUAUUUAAAACUUGUACUUGACGUAUACAAUAUGGAUUUACAUAUAAAGAUGCAGGAAAGAAAAAAAAAUCACUAAUUUCGUAAACAAUAAGACCGUUUCCGAUGUCUUAGGUGAAAUGGUCACAAGUACAUUUGCUUUUAUUUUCCUCUUUUUUUUUUUUAAAUCAAUGUAUAACUUACUAAAUAUAGCAAAUGAUAGCAAUAUACAUAUAAAUCUGUCUGAGUGACUUUUUGAAUUUUUUUUUUUACUAUAUUUAAACUGUAAUAUUCUUAGUAGUUUUUGUGGAUAAAUAUUCAUUUUUGGGGUAUUUUCCUCGAAGUUCUGUAUUUUUUGUUAUUUUACUUUUUAUUUUCUCAUAUAUAUACAAAUUUAUAAUGUUUCCAGAACAAAAUUUGAAAAUGUUCCCUCUUCGCAUUUUAAUGACAAAAGGACUUAAAGUUUUGCAGGCUACCGUCUGGGAUUAAAAUGAGACAUUUACUAUGCUAAAUCUGAAUUUUAUAAAAUUUGGGCAGACGCAUCUGAAGCAAUUUUUUAUUUACUUUAUUUUUCCAGUACCACUGAUAGAUAGUCAUAUUUAAGGUGGUAUGGGUGUCUUUCGCCAUCUUGGAUUGUAAAAAGCAGAGAAUCUAAGGUCCAUAUUUUCUAUCAAGUUAGCAAAAUUUGAUGCAGGAAUGCAGAUAUUUAAUGUGAAUUUUCAUUUAAAAGUACCAAUUUACAAGAAUAUAAAUUAGAAAUAUUAAUAUUUUUACAAGUGUAGAUUAAUUUUGGUUGUUUUUGAAUAUUUUCAAAUUGGCAUUUUAAGGGGAGGUAACUCUAAAACAGUGCAUUUUUCUGAAGGACUCUUCAUGAAAUUUUCCUAUUUUGUCUUUUAGCCGGAACAAACGUGCGGUGACCCUAUCUUUUCUUUUGAUAUUCUAAAAGCAUUGUCUGAUAGCUAUCUUUUCCUAACUUAUUAUACAAUUCUAUCAUUUUGUUUAGUUUCUAUUCACAAAAUUGUGUUUUUUCCUGUAUAAUCCAUACAAAAUUUGUCAUUUUGUCACAACCUGUAGCUUGAGAAAAUGCACGGUGACCUAUCAUUUUUAUAAUAUUUUUGAACAUGUAUCAAUAGAUACUACAUUCUGACAAAGUAUGGACAAAUUCUAUCAUUUUUAUUUUAGACUCCCAUACCAUCUUAAACUGUUUAUGGUUAAGAUUUACAGACAUUACAAUGGGACUACUUUUUUUAC